AUCACUCAAAAGGGUCACAUUAAUUCCAGUUUCAUUGCUGGUAUCACAGGACAUUCACAAUGCAGUGUCUGCUUUCAUCUUAUCUUCUGUCAUUGAUUCUGCAUUUAUGCACCGGUGCAGACUGGUGCUACCAGACACAAGUGAGCUGUGAUAGCCACUGCAAAGGUCCAGACCAGUGGAGAGAAGUGCAUGCAGAAUGCGGAAACACCAGACAGUCACCGAUCAACAUAGUGACGAAGAAAACCAAACUAGAUGAGCGACUCACGCCUUUCAAAUUCAACGGCUAUCAGAAUGUAUUCGACAGCACCAUCAGGAACAAUGGUCACUCUGUUCAGGUCAAUAUACCCAUCACAGCCACAGUGUCUGGAGGAAACCUGAAAGAAAUAUACAAGGCCGUACAGUUCCACCUUCACUGGGGCACCGACGGAGGGCCUGGAUCUGAACACACGAUAGAUGGAGAGCAGUACCCUAUGGAGUUGCAUAUUGUCCAUAUGAAACAAAGAUACAACAGACUAGAAGAUGCGCUCAAAGACCCGUCUGGAGUCGCAGUGCUGGGGUUCUUCUAUGAGGAGUCGAGCAGCACAAACAGAAAAUAUGACCUACUCACACAUUCCCUGCGUAGUGUGCAGAAUGCAAAUGGAAACACAACCCUUCGCAAGAUCUCUCUGAAUCAGCUCAUUCUAUCUGAAGGGAAUUUGACUAACUAUUACCGGUAUAACGGAUCACUUACCACACCUGGCUGCACUGAGGCUGUAGUGUGGACCGUUUUUGAAAAUCCAAUUCCUCUCGAUAGAGAACAGCUUCGAGCAUUCUCUUCCCUGAGGUUCCAUGAUGGGAAACCGAUGGUGGACACGUUUAGACCCGUGCAGCCUCUAAACGGACGUUUUGUGUAUCGGUCCAGCGGUGCAGCAGUUCUGGCCAGCACUAUACUUCUGUUUGCCUCCAUCAUUACAACGUAUGUCCUGUUCCAUCUCAAUUAGAACAAGACUGGCCUAUUAUACCCACAAUUUACACAAUGAGUUCUCAUCCAAUCAACGGACCAACCUGAUCAAGCCAAACCACGGAAUUACAGCAUUAUAAAUUUCACAACAGCUGCCAAAUGAAGACCAGAAACAUAUGCAAACACGAAGACUUGAAUGUUAGGCACACCCAUUGCAAGUGCACUGUCCUGUUGAACAUAUUUAGCAUUCGCUCUUGCAUUACUGUGGCAGUAACAAACCUCAGUACUCAAGGGGGUGAUAGAGUUACUUUCAAAAGUCUGUCUCAUUAAACUGGAUGUGUUAUUAUUUAAAGUCGGCAUGAAAUGAAAAUUCACCCUAUCUGUUUUCUAAAUGCAUGUUAUUGAUGUUAUUGUGAACGAUUCAUCCAUGCAUAUGUUUUUUUUUUUUUUGUUUACCUUGUAAUCUUUAAUUAAAAUGUAAUAACUCGAUCUUCUGGUGAAUCGACAGACUUCUCUCUGGUGACGUAUGCAGGACUUCUCCAAUCAUUUAGUCCACUUAAACCCCGCCCCUUUCUUAUAAAUACCACAACCUCGCGUAGAGUCAGUCGCAUGUUGGUGAAGAUGGCAAGGUGUAUUUUUGCCUGUUUUCCUUCAAAACUAUCGUUCCUUAACCCAAACUUCCUUAGUUACGGGUCAGCUGGCUUGAAUUUACAUUCACGGUUGUGUGUGAGACAUUUCAUGCCUGAAUUGCUGAGGUGAUCACUAAUGAAUACAAUGCUCUGGAGUUUAUUUUUAUUUUUGAAUGCAAUUAUCUUGGGAUGCACAGCACGAGUGAGUGUUGUUUUCCUUUAUAUUUAGUGUAUUGUGAUUCAAAACAUUAAGAUAUGGUUAUCAGCAACUUCAACAGCAACAGCCUCUUCGUAAGGAAAGACCACGAUGUGCUUGUGCCUUUAUGUUGUUAGUUUUAUAAUAAAUGUGUUGAGAUCACUGCUUAAUUUCACCGAUACCCGGCUUUCGAGCAGCACGGUGGUAGGGGUGUGUGUGUCCACUGCAAGCUCGCAUUCAGAUCUGCCUCCGUUCCGCUAUGCAACGCCCAUAUUUUCACAAUCCAAUCAACAACCAAUGGAUAAACUCAAAUCCCCGCUCUAACAUUUUUUUCUUGUUCAAUAAGCUGUUUCACUUGAACACGUCACAAUACGGAAGUAAAGUUGGUCGCAACUUCAAUUUCAUGCCGACUUUAAGUAUCUAGCUAGCAACAAAUGUCAACAGUUUUACUUUAGCUAACUUGCUAAGAGAGAUUCUCUUCAAACUGUUGCUCCGCAAUGACAGUAGCAGAUCUGAAAGAGAAAACUGACUGUAGAAGAAGACAGUUGACAUUAAUGUCCGCUGUAGCGCCCCUUGAGGCAACGCUGAGAAUGCAACUGUGCUCUAAUACAUUUUAGAACGCAUUGAAAUACAGCAUGAUUCGCUAGAAACUUUUGCGUCCAUGUACGUAGAUUAUGUUUCAGGCCAAACCAGCAGUUUCUACAAGAACCAGAGUAAUUAGUGUAGAAAAUUGACUUGUAACUUGGCAGUUCACUGCAUGAGUAGAAUGAAAUUAGAAGUAUGCUCAUAGCUAUCAAUAGAAACUGGACUAAACCUUGUGUGACCCACUUUGAAGGGCUGGCAGGUAACAAAUGCAUGACCUUUAUCCAUCAUAGAGACCGGCCAAGACUCUUACGUAUGUGCAUGUACACACACAUACUACUGUACACACAGCUCUAUAUUUAUGAGGUUGAUGCUUUGAUGCGAGUUGCUGUGUAUGUGCAUUAAAGCAAAAGAAUGAUCAACACUCUACAAGUGCAUGACACAGAGGUCAACUUGACAUUUACAUUAAUUCUUUUGGCAGACACUUUCGUACCACAGUCACUUAAAAAAGAAGUGUCAAAGUACAGUACUGGGUUCCUAAGUUUAACCCAGAUGCGCAUUGCUUCAUGCAAACACAUCAACGUUAAGACGUUAAAGUGAAAACAAAACCAGGGUGUUUUGUGUGGCAAGAGGUCACUUUCAAAUGAACCGGACAUUUACAACACAAUUUCACAAAAGUUCAUGGUGUCAUUCUUAGGAAAUGGUGCCAUUUGUGCAAGAAGAUGUGAAUGUAUUUUUUAUUUUAUUUUUUUUAUUUUUAUUUCUUCUGAAAAUGUUACUGCUGAACUUUCAAGAAAUCAAAUUUUUCCACAUUAGGACUGCCAUAGAAGCAUCUCCAUUCAGAUUAUUCGUCAAUUCCGAUUAGAGUUUUUCAAUGGCCAAUCAAUAUUCAAAAUGUUCAGUACAUUUGGAAUUGAUCUAAACAAAUUCUGGUAGUAUUUUUCAGUGUGCCUCUAAUAAAUCUCACAUUAUAGGCCUAAUUAAAAAAACAACAAAACAUUGUGACCAAAACAAUGACAUUUUUCUUUCAAAUCAUGGUUUGUGACCACUUACCACACCAAAUAACUUACAGUCAGUUUUCUUGUGCUUUGUGCCAAUAACAAUAUUUUUCUUUAAAUUGAUAAUUAUGGGUUUCUUCUCAUAACAGAGUUGAACUAUUGAGCUUGACAAGCCUGAUAUUAGUGUAACGAUAAUGAAAUGCACACCUUUUUUAACCAUGUGGUUCGAAAAUAUGAUAUCACUGUCUUAACCGCCUGGGACCCUGCGUCCACAUGCAUGGACAUUACGUUUUGGUUUCGCCACAGGCUAUGCAUAAUUUAAUUUAAUUUAAACCGACUGAUCUCAGUUCAGGAGACUCUGGGCUGUCAGUAAAGGGUUAAACUUUCGAUGCACCGAGUCAUGUGACCAAACAACAUGUCGCAAAUCUCAGCUGAGUUUGUCAUUGGGAGAAACGACAGUAAAACUACAUCUGGUAAGAAACCUGAUUAUGUUUUUACAUUGAAACCUGUUUGAGUCAAAAGAUUAGUGUCUCUAGUUUUAUCCGAUAUGCCAUUUUUAAAAUUUCAUUGAAUUAUCGUGAAACGGCACGCUGUUAAACACAAUGACCACGUAUGUGGACUAUAGGCUCAUUUUCCUUAAAAUAUCCUACAUUCACAGUACAUUAUCACACUGAGAAAAGCUGAAAAAUGUUGCUUUCAGAGGCUUUAUAUGGCGUUAUGAUGAAAAUAAGGUGCAUUUCAAACUGUUCUGAGACCAGUGCAGACAGACAGCACACUGGAGGUUAAGUCAUUCACUAAAUAGGGAGCAAGGGAGCAUCCUAUAGCUCUCUAUGCAGUUAAGUGCAUUCACUCCUAAAAUCUGAUCAAAAGUUCAGUUUCAGGCUGCAGAUGAUGUUUGGAUCACUCAACAUGUUUGACAGACAUGUGACAAUGAUAAUCAGUACAUAGAUUCAGAAUUUAUAAUGUAUCAUUUUAUUUUAACAUGGUUGACAGUGAUUGGAUGAUGCUGGACAUUACUUUGAAUCAGAAUUAAUUAUGCAAAUGUAUGAUGUAAUGUCUGUAACAUCUCAAAAACAUGAAUAAUCAACACUCCUGGAAACAUCAUAAACAAUCCCGCUGUCCACAUAUGAGGACAUACAUUUUUAGGAAAACUAUUUGCUCUAGAAAUAUAUAUAUUUUUAAAUUGCAUGUUUAUUAGGUGCUACUAGUUUCAAAUCAAAAAGGGGAAUGGAAAAUGCACACAGCAGUCAUGCUCGGGUCUCAGGAGGUUAAAUGUGAUAUCAGAAAAAUGUCACAGCAUUACAGGGCUGAACAGAAAGUGGAGAGACAAUAAAAAUACUUAAUUUUCUCAGGAAAUGCAUAAAGCAUUAAAAAAACAUAGUCGGGAGCCUGGGUAGCUCAGUGAGUAUUGACGCUGACUACCACACCUGGAGUCACGAGUUUGAAUCCAGGGUGUGCUGAGUGACUCCAGCCAUGUCUCCUAAGCAACCAAAUUGGCCCGGUUGCUAGGGAGGGUAGAGUCACAUGGGGUAACCACCUCGUGGUCGCUAUAAUGUGGUUCGCUCUCGGUGGGGCAUGUGGUGAGUUGUGCGUGGAUGCCGCAGAGAAUAGCGUGAAGCCUCCACAUGCACUACGUCUCCACGGUAACGCUCUCAACAAGCCACGUGAUAAGAUGCGCGGAUUGACGGUCUCAGACACGGAGGCAACUGAGAUUCGUCCUCCGCCACCCGGAUUGAGGCGAGUCACUACACCACCACGCGGACUUUGAGCGCAUUGGGAAUUGGCCAUUCCAAAUUGGGGAGAGAAAGGGAUAAAAAAACAACAACAAAAAAACAGUCAUUGAAUGCAUGUUAUUUUAAUUUAAAUAAAAGUAAAAUGUAGGUAUAGGGAAAUGCAACAUGGCUGAUUAAAAACAUAAAUUUUACAAUAAAAGUAAUGUUUCAUUUUAAAAGUAUGAUAGCAUUACACACAUAGUUAAAUAUAUCAAAUAAGUUGACUAUGCUCAGUAUUCUGUUUUAUGACAUCAAAGUAAAUCAUGGGAACUCACAAAUGGCACUCUUUUCUGGCAAAUGACCCAUUCACAAUCUUUUGCAACAUAUUAGACUGUACACUUUCUUACAUUUGGACUCACUGUACACUUACAAAGGCAUGCAUCUUACUCAUAAACUAUUUUAUUACAUGUCUAAAUGAUUGUGUUCAGUAUGGGAUCUGUAUUCAGGUCUGUUGUGAGAGCACAUGAAUUGUGUUUUGUAGAAUUUGUGGGUGUCCGAUGCACUGAACUUUAGAACUCUGUAUCAGAAAGAAUGUGAUGCAAACAUCAUUUUAUAUGAUUAUAUAUGUUGCCAUAAAGGCCAAGAUUACAUGUGCAGACUGUACAAACUGGGAUACGUGCAACUUCUGCUCUCAUGAUGCCAUUAACUUUAUUUCUACACAUUUACUCUAUGUAUGUAUGUAUGUUCAUCUAAAGGCUGCUGUUUUUGUUACUUGUAUUAUUGCAUGAAAGAAUUGGAAUGGAUUUGACAUUAAACGUUAAACCCAAAUAAAACUGAUACAAUGACUGCUGUCUCCUAACUUUGCAUAUUAAUGCUUUAUUCUUCAUUAACAUAUUCAAAAUGUCAGUUUUAGGUGCACUGAUGAUAUUAUGGUAACUGCUAAUGAUGUUGAGAAUGCAUUCUAUUACAAUAAUAAACUAUUGCAACUAUUGCAACUA